UAUUGCUCUAUGUUUGAUGCUGUUUUUUCUGCCAUUAGGGGAAGAACUGCUGACUCAAUAAGGGAAAACAUUCCUGAUUUUACCUGGUUAAAGAAAGUAUUGCUCCUGUGUUUUCUACUAACAAAGCGAGAAUUGCUGUUUUUUCCUAGGAGCAGAGGGAGAACUGCUGCUGGUUCCUCGCAGACCAGAGCAAGAAAUUCAGCUGAUUUUUCCAUUAUCACAGCGACAUCUCCGGUUGCCACUUAUUGAACAUGUGCAACAAUUGUGGCUGAUAUUUCCACAACCAAGACCAGGAGUUUCUAUGUAUUUUCCACAGUCCAUGGGACGGUGGACAGCGAGUUUUGGAAAAGAAGAAGAAGAUUAAUCAACAAAAGAUUUGCAGCUGGUUUUUCUACAGUCGGAGCAAGCAGUGCUGGUGGAUUUUUCAUGACACAUUGGAAUAUUUGAAUAUUUUAAAGGCAGGCCCAUAAUUCAUUAAUACAAUACAUGGGGACAACACCUUGGACUGCCUGCCAGUCAGGCAGAAGUGAAGAAGCCCGCUACAUAAUGAUAACCAUCUGUGCACCAACCUGCUGUGAACACCUGCACCUCCUCCAGACAUGCAGCUAGCGUCGGCAGCUCCUCCUUAGCAACAAAAUGGGCAGGAGGCAGUCACAAAGGAAGGCACUGCAGCCACAGUGCACGCUCCCAAGUCAAGAAAAUAAUAAUGACAAGGGGCUGCAGCAGAGAAGAAAGCACAAGCCUAAGAGCCCCUCGACCAAACACAAUACUUCUCAACACAGUGCUCAGGGAACCUCAGAGUCAAAGUCCCAUCCACUGUCCCCUGCAGAGGACAGGAUGGAGCCAAAGGUGCAGCUGGCUGCUCAGCACUGCAGCCGCAGAGAACACAAGCACAGAGGUUUCAGAGGGAGCAGACACACACCAGCCUUCCCCUGCCACCGCCUGUCAGAUUCAAGUCCUGAUCUGCUGGAGUCAACAAACUCAGAACUAGGAAAUCUGAGCGGCCAUGGAGAAGGUGACAGUGACACUGACUUGUCUGAAUCAGAGAGACUUCCGGGGUCACCCUCUAGUCGGGUUCCUCCUCAGCUCGAGCUGAGGCCUGAGGUCAUCGAGGCUGAAGACUGCUCCAGGCCUAGAGGACGCCCCCAUGGUGGUUUUGACUUCCCAGACUUUCUCCCUCCACCUUUCAACUCUUGGAGCCUCAGUCAGCUGGCUGUCUUCUACAACAUGGAGGGCCGCGGGGCCCCUCGGCCCAGGCCUGUUGGCUCUUUGGAAAGGUACCUGGAGAGGCUUCUGCAAAUGGAGUGGCGCCAGAUUGAGACUGUCCAGGAGGAGAGUGGAAAGGCGGCAGUGUCCGAUAUCAUAUACAGCUGCCACAGGUCACCUGCCGCUGUCUCUUCACGCCUCAGCUCGCCAAAGUGCAUCCUCCAGUGUCAACGUGCCUUCCCCCUCACCUUCCUCUCCUCUCUGGCCAGUCACUCUGCCCUGCUCUCCGGCUGUGGUUGUACUCUCUGCCGUAUCCGCUACUCCACCUUUAGCACGUCGUGCUGCCGCUCCAUCCACAGCCACAAUCGUCAGUCCAGACUGAGUCCCAUGCUGGAGCACAGUGGGCCCACAUCACUCCCCAAAAGGAGCUACAGCGAGAGCCGGGUGCACUCCUCAGACAGGAGCUCAGCAUGCCGAGCUCAGAGGUUCAGCAGCCCUGUGAGGACCAACAGCCACCUGAGGAGAAUGCAAGCCUCAGGCAACAUCCGCAACCCUGUUCAAGGUAAUAACAGCAAGCCUCAUUCCACUGCCAGAGACUCUAGUGUUGGAGCUAUGAGGGACCGCUUGGGAGCAUACAGGGAUGUGUUGGACUACAGGACAGGAGCGUUUAGGAAGAGGAGUGGCUCAGAGCAGAGGAGAGGUGGAGUAGAAAGACAGCAGGGCGCAUCAGAGAAAAGACGGAGUGGUUCUGAGUGUAGACGAGGAGGAACUGAGCAGAGGAGAAAGGCUGAGCUCAAGGAACGGGAAAUAAAACCAGAUGCAGUCACUGCAAUAAUGGACAAUUUACCUGGGUCCAAAAAUUCUCCUCUCAACAAAGCAAACAGAUCGAAACAGGUUGAAUUUGUUACUUAAAAGCAACUUGAGUACUGUAAGUAAAGUCUGAAUGCCAUAGCUACAGUCAUCAUAAUAUUUGAUACUGAAUGUAUAUUUACAGUCAUAUUUCUUUAUUUGAGCAAGUUGACAGAAAGUGUAGCACGAUUGUAAAUGUAUUUUUUUUCACAGGUGGAUGUUAUGUUUCACCAGAGUUUUUUGGUCUCAUGUAGUUACAGUUACAUUACUAUGUUUACUCCAAUCUAGUCAAACAGGUUGAUGCAAACGCUGGAUGUUUACAUGCAUUAUUGAUCAUUCAUUCAUCUCAUGGGCAUGUGGAUAUUUAUAUAAAAGUUAUUUUUUAGUUUUUUAAUAAAAGCAACCCAGUAAGACUUUUGUCAGCACAAUACAUUAUGUAGCCAAUAUAUUUGUAUUCAGGGUUUUUUAACAUACCGGCAGGUUUAUUAAUGGUACUUUUUUGGUUUCUCAACAAUAUAACUGUAUCAUAAAAGUUGUUAUAAAGUAAAAGCAUUGUGCUAGGGGUGAAAUGUCAAUUAAAUA